GAAGGGAGGACACACACUAAGUUCCCUCUUAAUAUUUGCCACAGAAACAGACACACUGAGUGUUUAUAGUCAUGUAAAAUUCAGCUCCGGCGCCACUGAGGCGACAAAUGACAAAAGUGAUGGACAGGGAGAAAGUCCUGCCAGCAGAGGAGGUGGCACACAUGUCACCUUCUGGUCCUAGAUAGGCAGAUGUAAAAGCUGUUUGUUUGGAGCUUUCAGAUACAAAUUAAAGCUCAACGAGCCUCAGUUUUUGGGUCCCCCUGAAACUUUUCUGGCAUCUUUCUUUCCCCCACAGUUGUCCAGGUUCUGACGGGCACCUCGAUAAAGGUUCUGAUUUUCCUUAAUUCACUUUAGCCUUAUUUAAAAAGUGAUUAAAUAGGUGUUGAAGUUAAACCUUUUAAGGUUUUGUCUGAUUAUGAGUUCCUUUAAGUCAAUCUGAAACAUUAUUUUAAACAUUUUCAUUGUUUUGUCCCUUCAAGCUUUGCUGUUGGUGCAAAAAGAAACAACUUGUAAAAAGUCCUGCUUUUAUCUCUCUUUCCUUAAAGGACCAUCAAAACCUGUUUCAGAGAGUUUAUGAACGGGCCAAGUCAACAACAUAGGACCAGGACACACAAUCCCACACCAUCAGGACGGAAAGAAGUGCUACAUCAAAAGAGGAAGGAGGUCUGCCAGAUCCCUGAGGACAGACCGCCUGUCCAACAGCGUCUGUGUCUGUGUGUGUUCACACCUCGCAUCAAUGAAACCGGAAACUUUUCAGGGAGGAGUCACAAAAACAUACUGAAUAUGUAGAACGCUCAGAUAAGCAAGAAACGUCCAGAGAUGGAGAGGAGGAAGAGGAGGGAGUGACAUUUUGGAGACGCAGAGGAGGAAUAAAAGACAAGGCAUGAAUAAAAACCUGAAGAUUGCACGCAAAGGAAAAAUUAUUAUCAGAAAAACCUUUUUAGUAGAAUAAAAAGGAAGCAGCUCGUCUUUUCCCAGCAGAAAAAAUAAGGAUGAAGAUAUGAGGAUGUCUCCAAAUGCUCAGGAGUCCAUCAGGUGUAGCCUGUCCUCCUGCAGCUGUGCAGGUUUUAAGCCUGGAAAGGUCCAGCUCAGGUCAUGUGAUCGUUGUGGACACGGCUGGGUAGAACAUGCUUUGAAAAAGUUCCAGGUUCAUCCACCUUCUGGUUCUGGCCCAGUGGAGGUCGCUCUUCCUGGGCUGGUGUUUGACCUGAGCUCCCUGGUGCUGUUUGGAGCUCAGGCCAUUCCUGUUCAGCUGAAGAUUUUACUGGACCGCCUCUUCAGCAUCCUGACUCCAGAACAGGUGGGCCAGAUUCUGAAUAGCCUGGGCUGGAGUUUGGCUGAUUAUGUCCGAGGGUACAUGCUCCACCAUCCCAGCGGGAAAGUGUUGGACCACUGGUACAUGGCCACACCUGAAGAAGUACUGCUUGUUCUUAAACAGUUCCUGCGCUUCGGAGAGACACGCCCCAUAGUGGAGUUGAUGAUGCUUCAGUACCUGGAUGGUGAAAACCUCCUCCCUUAUCAGGAGUCAGAAGCUCCUGUGGAAAAUGUCCAUUCAGAUAUUCUAACAAAUAAAGACACAUCGGUGUUAAAAAGAAGUUCACUGAGUGAUAAGAGACUGGUGGAUGGCAACUAUACUUCAGACUGCUAUGAAAAUGUCCAAGAAAGACAAUCGUUGCUCACAUCUUUCCAUUUACCACAAUCAGCCAUCUACUGUUCAACCAAGGACACAGUUCCGCCUAGUAAGUUGCAAAAUAUUCAGCAGAAAUUUGCUGGAAACAAACUGGUUCAGAAACAUAACCGUGAAAGAUACAGAUAUGUAGAAGAUGACGACUUGGUCCAGAAGAGAUUGGAACGUGAAUCGGCCUUAUCAAAAAUAACUGACCUGGAUAAGUCAAAUCCAUCAUUGUGGCACCAGAACCCCAUCCUCCACCAUGACCAGGUUUUCCUUCGGAAAAGACUGAUCCAGCAGGAGAAAACUGCUUCCUUUUGCUCUUCCUUCAACUUUUCAUUUUUACCUUCUUCUUUACUAUAUUCUCCAAACCUUCCCUCUUCCUCCUCUCACUUACAACAUCCUCAAAAAUCCCAAACUCUUCCCUCAUUCUCUUCUUCUUUCCUCCGACCUCUUCAUUCUUCCUCCUUUUCUCCCCCACCCCCUCUCCAUCUUCAUCCUCUCCCAUCUUCCCUUUGCACGUUUCCUUCCCUGCCCCCUGCAGGAGGUCGGAAAGGGAGGGUCAGCUGUGGUGUUUGUGGGAAAAGCUUCUAUGACAAAGGAACACUGAAGAUCCACUAUAAUGCUGUCCACUUGAAGAUUAAACAUCACUGCACUGUGGUGGGCUGCAGCAUGGUAUUCAGUUCACUGCGCAGCCGAAAUAGACACAGUGCCAACCCAAACCCACGGUUGCACACAGGUGGCAGCAGACAGGCCCAGCCUUGCCGAAACACAGCGUGUGGACGUGAAACACAGAUAUAUGAAGUGAAACAGGAACAAACGCUGGUACAUGCCACCAACAUCAAGAACGGUGUAAACAGCCAUGAGGAUUCCUGUCACAACAUGCAUCAUGAAUCCGCCUCCCCGGCUCCUCCUCUUGUCCUACCAGCUCCAUCCUCAGGGAGCUUUCCUUCUACCUGGUCCGGCCUGCUGACCAGUCAGCUGUGUUCGCAGUCGAAUCAGUCCUUACCAAAGAAGAAGCCCAGGAAGUCAAGCAUGCCAGUGAAAAUAGAAAUAGAGAGUGUUCAAAGCAGGAAACAAAAGGAUGAGAGCUGAACAACUGCCGUGUUGCUCCAACUAAAACUCACAAAUAUGUUUUUCAGUCAUAAAAAGACGGAGAAAGAA